UAGAUAUCUUUGAUUUAUAUAUUCACCAUCUUAAUUCUGGAUUUUUAAUUUUUUCUUAUGCAUAGGCAGUUCAACGACCCUGGGAAGAAGAUCCAUUUACCAUGAGUGAGGAAGUUAUGAAGAUGAUAGCAUUAGAAGUUGUGCGUGAAAGGUUAUUGGACUAUGUACAUCAGGAAAUUCCAUAUGAUGUUGAACAGCGAUUGAUUGACUGGAAAGAGUUACGAGAUGGUUCUCUUAGGAUUGAGCAACAUUUCAUCACUAACAAAUUAAGCCAACGCAAGAUUCUUGUGGGGAAGAAUGGCUCAAAAAUUGGGAGAAUAGGAAUUGAAGAAAAUGAAGAUCUAAGGUCCAUUUUCAAAAAACAAGUGCAUCUAAUUCUCCAAGUUAGGCAUAAACAAUGAAUCAGGAAAAUAGAAUUGAUGAAGUGUACCUUCUUUGCCGCACCAUGUCAGUAUGUGAAAUGCCAAAGUUGUGGUGUGUCUUACCCUUGCAUUUGAAGUUCGCAAAGGAACAAAACCGUGCUAGAUGUCAUGGUGAUCAUGGUGAGAAUCAUCGGUAUGGUGACACAGGUUGAGUUCAUUGGUGAUCUUGCAAGCAAACUUUUGUGCCAUUUACCGUUUAGUUGCCUGUGAUUUAAGUUUAUUGUGUAAGA